AUGGACAAUUCCUCGCUUGUCCUGAGGGAGGGCAUCUCGCCAAUCGUCAUGGCGGUCCCCAACAUCCCGCCCUUUACCACCCCGUCCCUCACUGCCAACUUUGUUCUCCGCAUCGUCCUCGCCGUCAUGGCCAACCUGGUCUGCCUCGUGCCGCUCCGACUCUUGUACCGCAACGGCGAGUUUGCGGCCGUCGUCUUCAUCACCGUCGUCGAGAUCAAAAACAUCUUCACCAUCGUCACGGCGGCCCUCUGGCACACCGACGACAUGGAGGCGUGGUGGCCGGGCUACGGCCUCUGUGACAUUGAGCAGUUUGUGUACAAUGGCUGCGCCGGCAUCUACGUCACCUGCCUGCUGGCCAUUAUGCGCAACCUCGCCCACCAGGUGGGCGUCAUGCGCGCGCACCCGAUGACGGUGCGGGAGAAGAGGCGCCGCAACUUCAUCCAGGCGCUCAUCAUCUUUCCCCUGCCCAUGGUGCAGCUGGCUUUUACCUGGCCGCUGGCCGCCCAGCGCUACGCUGUCGGCACGCUGAUGGGAUGCGCUUGGGUGCCUUCUUCGAGCUGGCCAUAUCUAGUCUUCUUCAUCAUCGCUCAGCUCGUUGUUUCGGUGGUUGCUGGCAUCUACGCUGUCAUAACUUUCUUCCGAUUCCGUCAAGUAGCCAAAGCUACUUCUUCGGCCCUAGCUAGCAGCCGCGCUGCAUUCUUGCGAAGUCAACGAACCAAACGCCGCCUUUACCUCAUGGUCACGUCCAUCCUCGUUCCGUUCCUCCCGAUCACAAUCACUCUGUGCUUCCUCAAUGUCCAGGCUCUGGGAGUUUUACGACCGUUCAACUUUAACGAGAUUCAUCACUCAAAGACUUCUCUACCAUGGGAAACCAUUAUAUUCAUACCUAGCCGAUUCAACGACUUUGGCAGUCUCAACAACGGGUACAUAUCCAUCUUUACCGCCGUUCCCAUCUUUCUCUUCUUUGGCAUGACCAAAGACGCAAUCAAUUCAUAUCGCAUUGUUUUGCUCUACUUUGGUCUCGGCAAGAUUUGGCUCAACUUGCACAACGAGUAUGAUCCAGACAGAAGUGCGACGCAGACAGCUAGUUCGAGCGGCUUCCUCACCCGCGUUACGGGGAUAACAAAGCCGUCUCAGAGCUCUUCCGAGUGCAAGGGCGGCUCUCACCUCAUGUCCAAGAGCAUCUCAUCCAGCGAGAGCACAUUGAGCCACAACCUCACUCGCAUGCUCACGCCUCGUUUGGCAACCUCUCUCGGCGGUGACGCUCCAGUUCCGCCUCUUGCACCGAGCUGGACAGGCCGUUUGCCAAGGAAUCCAUUCCUCUUCCGAACCAAGACGGACGUUGUGUACCUCGGUUCCUCCAUUCCAUCACAGCCUCCGGUGCUACCUCCGCUCGCCCAGGCAUCCGUGUUUUCCCUCCAAAGCCGAAACGACGAUGAAAUCCGUGAACAGGCAGUUUCACCCCAGCAUCAAAUUUCACCUCCGCGGUCGAGGAAUUUCUCCUUGCCGGUAGUGGCCAGAGGCCGGCCUCACCCUUCGGAGGCCCUAGAUCUUCCUGGGGCUCCCUCAAACUCUGGAGUCGCACCCGACGCUAUUGAUUACCACCAGCGCCCAUAG